AAAUAUUCGUUGAACACACAACAAAAUAAAAAUAAACAAAAAAAAUAAUAAUGACUUCUAUAAUACAACCGGAAACUUUCAUACCGCAGGCUCAGGGCGUUGAAUCAGCCAUUCCGAUAUGGCUUAAGUUGGACUGGAGCCCGGAAAUAGAGCAGGGCAUCUAUAAGGACUGGGGAACGUAUUACAGCCGCCGGCGGAGGGAGAAUCUUGGCAUGUACUACUUUGACAAGGCCCUCAAACUAGCACCUGCAGAUUUUACGACUCUGUAUCGUCGUAGUCAGAGUAAAAGGAAAAAUGCCUUGACUGAAAGUGCCCUUAAGGACAGUUUGGAGGCAAAGCGACUAUUAACAAAUUUGCAACGUAGUGAUGCACCGAUUAAUUUGGAAGUCUGCGAUGCACUCUAUGAAUUGAAUCAGUUGGAAAAUUCCAUGGCCGAGCUUUACAAUAACACACGGCUGUUCAUUGGUAAUAAAUCCAAAAUGUUCGACCACCGUCUAGUUGUGGUGGAAGAAAAUAUUGAAGAUUCCUGUGGUCCAUCCAUGACUCAGUUUAUAUCGGAAAAUGAAAAGCUUAUAGUGCAAUUAAAGGAGGAACUAAACAAGUAUAAAGAAGAUACCAGGCCACUUUGGAAAAUACUAAAGGAACAGGAAAAAUGCGAUGUUCUGAGCAUUCCGGAAAUCGAAGAUGAAAUGCUUUCGCCCCUUGAAAUUGCAAGGCGAAGUCGUGCAUUCGAUGUGUUCAACCAAAUGUUCAUAGAUAGGUCAUGGCACGAUGUCAUAUUUCUAAAACAUGUUCGAAAGAAUCCGAAUUUGCUGUUGGAUCAGUGUAAAAACAGCAAUGAGUAUUUGAAGACUCUCACUAUGAAGAAAUAUGACGAGAUCAAACAUUUUUUGAAAAUGCUGGAAGCCCGUAGCCCAAUGUACAAUAUCCGCUACCAAAAGUUCACAAACAAGAAAUUAAUGGACAAAUUUCGGCAAGAAUAUCUUUAUCGAGUUCAAUACCAAACUAGUCGUAAUAUGAAAACUGCGCUGAGAAGUAUUAAAUAUCUUCGAAAUAAUAAAAACUUAAUGAAACUGUCCAGUUACGUGGAGGAAGUAAUGGGAGACUAUGUGGUAAGAAAAACCAACAGGAUUAUGCCUUGGAAAUUCGAAUUUUUGAACGAAGUUUACAAUACUUUGGCUCUGGCCUAUGUGGAUCAGUAUACGGUUCCGAAGAAUUUUCGGUUUGCAGAAAAGAAUGCAUUGCUCCGCUUGCUUCGCUUUCCCUUUCCCAUGGAUAAAACCCUGGAGGCACAACAUUUCGUAUUUGGGGAUCGCUCUACGCAUCAGGAGAUCCCAGUGGAUCCGGCCAUGUCAAAAUCACGUCAAAUUCUUAACCGAUACGAACAUCGGAUGAUUUUCGCCAAAUAUCCCAUCGAAAAAAGCUAUUUACUUCACCAGAUUGCAAGCACGCAUCUUGAAUCGAACCGAUUUGACGAAUGCUGUUUUAGUGCCCGAAAGUCUAUUGAAGAGGCCAAAAACUGCAACAGCUAUAUUUGGCAAUUUCUCAGCAAUCUACUGAUUAUAAAAGCCAGUGCGGCCCUUCACAAAGUCGAACGGACCAGCGAAGCCCUAGUUAAGGCAGUUGAAAUUGCAGACAAGCUGAAAAACAAGGAUAUACUUAACUAUUUGAAUGCCUGUAUAACCUGCAACGAGGAGGAAUUUGUUGUCAAAAAGCAAAGUAUUUUUGCUAAUUCGGGCCGGCGUGACAGUAAAAACUCAGUGCGCAGUUCUCAGUCCUUACAGCAAAGCGAAUAGCCUUUUGUAUUAUUUUAUAAAACCUAAAAAUAUUGAAUAAAAAAUUCUCAGUGAAAUUGGUAUAAUAAA